UCAAAAUAAACAUUAAUUUAGAAGAAAUUUUAUCGUAUUUUAUAGCAGUGCAAACACACAAAAUUAUCUUAAAAUUACGGUAUUAUUUAAUGCGAAUUUAACAGUUUUUUAUGUCUAAUUAACAGUUUUUUUUAUGUCUAAUGGUUUUAAAGUUUAUUUUAGUAGAUACUAUUCUGAUUCUGUUAACUAGAUGAAGAUGAAACCUUCGAGAAAAUAUGGCUUCAAAACGUCAGUAUUGGAUUCUUCUGUAACUUUUGAAAGUUUUCGCUUCUUAAAGUCGAAACCUUUAUCUAAGACACCAAAUGAUGUUAAAUUUCAAGAGCUACAUAAGAAUUUAAAUUUUGCUCUGUCUAAAAGCUCUACUAACGUGGAAAGCGUUUUGUUUUCAUCAAAAAAAUUGAAGAACACUGACUUUAAAUUCUCUGAUGUUGAUAGUAACAUCACAUCAAUAUCACAAGUUCAGAAAAAUGUUUUAAAUAAAGGUCUAAGUUCAGACUAUCUUAAGCGUGAUGAAUCAACAAAUAGUAGGUCAGUAUUCACAAAUGUAGAAGAGGAUAAAUAUGAAUCUUAUGAUGGAAACAAUUCAGCAUUGAGUAUUCCUACUCAGGAAGUUAAUUCUGAUGAGUCCUUUCUAACAAUGAUGACUCGCACAAAGCGGAAGUUUGAGUUCAUAAAUCCAAAAGAAGAAUUUCCUGAUUUUUCAAAAGCACUUAGAUUAUUCAACAAAAAUGGGAAACCAUUGACUGAUCGUAUGGGAAGACCUUUGGUUGACAUUCUUGGCCAACCUUUGGUUGUUCUAGACAACCAGGGUAGACUUAUAUCCGAUUCCAGAGGCAACCAAGUGUUCAACACUCUGGGAGAGUCUGCUAUUUACUCUAACACCAACUUGUAUCUCCCACCAUCAGGGGAAGAACCAGGAAUUCCUCUAUUGGACAUAGACAAAAAACACGUUCUCUUCUUGUAUGACAAUAAGGGGCACCCCUUGACUGACUCCUUAGGAAGACCUCUCACUAAAGCUUCAGGAAGCCUCAUGAUUGGAAUGGAUUCAAAAUCAACAAUAAAUGUCAACCUUUAUCAAGAUUACCAGUUGAAAAGUCUCUAUAGCAAAGCACCACUUGAAAAUUUUGUCAGGCGAGUACAGAUAUUUGAUUCCAAAUCACAGCCUAUGACUGAUGAAAAUGGAAAAGUUUUAAAAGAAGCAAGUAUAAUUUGUAACAAAGGUGGAAUGCCUUUAUGUGACAGGAAUGGCCAUCCCCUCUUUUUCAAAUAUGGAGCAAGGAUAAUCACACCUCAACCAGAAAGCCCUAAUAUUGAAAAUCAUAAAGAAUUUGAAGAAACACAUCCUGAAUCUUCAACAAAGGAAGAAGUUAAAAAAACUGGUGAUUCAUUAAAUAUAGUAACAAAUAUUAAUCAGAUAGAACAGCUACAAAGAACAAGUCCACAAUUAAAUCUGAGAAUUAGUGGUAAUAAAAAAUCUAAUAAAAAUUAUAGUGCCCUUAGUGAUAUUUCAACUGGUACAAUAAAAGAAAACCCUGAAAACAAAGAUACAAACAAUACUGGCAAAAUUGCAAAUAUUUACCAUAAAAAUGAUUGGUUGGCUGAUGAGAACAAAAUUAAAAUAAUAAACAACCCUUCAAACACAGAACCACAAAAUGAGAGUGGAAUAAAUCCACCAGUAACUGAACUGAACAAUAAUGUUGACAAAUUUAGAAAUUUUACAAAAGCAUCUUUACAGAUAGAAGAAAAUUCUGGUGUUGACAAUAAGAAUAUUUCUAGUGAGGCAAUUGUAAUAUUUAAUGCCUCUGAGAAUAUGAAAAACCGAAAAAAAUCAUCAAUGAAUACAGCAGCUUUGAAUUGUAUUAAAGGUAGACAAGCUGGUUAUAAUAUAAUGAAAAGAAAAUCAAAUAAAAACAUGUAUUCUUCAAGCUUUAUGCAAUACUUCAAAAAUGUUUUAAACUUGACAGGUUCAACUCAAAACAAUAAGAACACAAUAUAUAAUGGCUAUGGAAAGCCAGUGAAGGAUUUCUAUGGAAAUUUACUCUAUGACAAAUUUGGUAUUCCUUUAACUGGGGCUAAGGGGAGGAAACUGAGUGAUAAAGUAAGGCAUACUCUCAGAAUGAAACUGAGAAACAUUCCAGUUCAGCCUAUUAAUAAAGAGAAUACAGCAGAUGGAAAGAAGAUUAUUCACGCAUUGACUAAUAACGAAUCCCAUGAUCAGUUUGGCAAUCCUUAUUAUGACAAAUAUGGCCGCCCAUUAUAUGACAUUUAUGGAAACCUAAUUUAUGAUACAUUUGGCCGCCCACUGACAGAUGCUUAUGGACGACCAUUAAUAGAUGGAAUAGGUCAACCUUUGAUGGAUUCACAAGGUAAUGUUUUAACUGCUGGGAUUACUACGUCUGUUGAUACCAUACCAACAGAUCUCUUUGGGCGACGCCUUUAUGAUAAACGUGGUAGAUCAUUAUUUGAUUCUUAUGGUAGACCAAGGUUCGAUAUAUAUACAAAUGCUAUUUACGACAGCUAUGGCCGGCCUACCACAGAUGGAAACGGAAAUAUUUUGAAUGAUUUUCUAAACAAACCAAUACAACCAUGUCCAGAAAAACCACUGUGUAAAAAUGCUCGAGCUUUAUUACCAAGCUUUAUAGACAGAAUAUUAGUGAUGCCUAGUUUACGUAGGGUGCUAAAAUACUCUCGGACAUCCUUAACAGAUGUUUUCGGAGGGCCGUUGUUUGAUGAUUUUGGUAGACCUUUGUACAACAAAAUUGGAAAACCAUUGUAUGACAAAUAUGGGAGACCGCUCUAUGACAAGGAUGGAAAACCAUUGUGUGAUUCUUAUGGAAGACCAGUGUCUGAGGAGAUACGGCAGAGUCCAGAUGACCAAACUUUGACUGUGGUAGACAGCUUGAAACUCCUGAAAUUGACAAAAGAAUCCAAUAAGUGGAUGGAGGUUAAAAGAAGUCAGACGCACAAUUUGAAGUCAACUGAUUCCGGAAUUCUGGACAAGGCUUUUAUUAUGAAGGUUGUACAGCCUGGUAAAAACAAAUCAACCCAGUACACAUAUGCCUUGACGAGAGUAACAACAUUCAGCUGUGGCCGACAAGCUCUGGAGAUACUAGAGGCCCCUCUAUCACCUUCCACUGCCAAUGAGAUGCACAACUUGCCUGUGGACAACAAACCUCUUAUCAUGAUGGCCAAAAGAAGACGCAAAGUCACCAAGACAUUCUGGUUAAGAAAACAUCACCACUGAUCUGAAAAAAAAAAUACUGGGUGUUCUGAUAUUACUAUGUGGAUAUACUACAAAAAAGGAAUGGCAAGGAAUUUUUAAAUUUAUUUGGAAAAUAAACAUAUUGUUCUUAAUCCUGUAAGUUUUGAAAUUGUACUGUAGCUUUAUGACGUUUUUAUUAGGCACCUAAUUAGGUGGUAAUAACAACAACAUUUGUUUAAAGAUAAUUUAAUUUGUUAGAUGAAAAUUGUAUUUUAAAUUAUUAUAUAAUUAGAAAUGUUACUGUACU